AACCAAACCGGUCACACAUGACCGAAGAAACAAAUAGGCAGAGUGAUCUGAUAUAAUAAGCUAUUUUUCACGCACCAUUUAACAAUUCUCUAAAACCCCCUUCUCCGAUUUAAGCUCUUUCCGGUCCCAAUUUUGCAGAUUCGACCGAUCUCGCAACAGAUUUGGAUCUGGCGAAGCAGAAGGAGGAUUGUCAGAAAUUGACGUUGGAUUUGAUUCGAUUCGAUUGGAUAGAGUAAUGGCUGCUCCUGUGCCUCCCGGGGCACCUAGACCCGGCAGUAACACAGCACAGCCACCUCCCCCUAAUUACAUCCCUAACAUUAGGGGUACUCCUGAAGCACUAGCUGAUAAUAUGCAGAAUUUGAAUCUUAAUCGGCCUCCCAUGACCUCAAAUCCUGUUUCUAGACCUCCACCAUUUGGUCAGCCGCCACCUUUUUCUUCCUCGGCCCCUUCGCCGGGGAUCCCUGGUUCCUCGCCUCCAUUUUCACGACCCGGUCCACCUCCAGGAGCAGUGGUGAGGCCUGCAGGGCCUCCUACUGGACCGCCAUUUUCUACAGUACCACCAAAUGUUGCCCCUGGAAGGCCUACUGGGCCACUUCCUGGUCAACCUCCGUCUUUUGUGUCAAGACCCCCUCCCAAUUCUCUCCCACCAUCCAGUUCUUCGGCUUUUGGUGCCUCGCCAGUUUCUGGGGCUCCUCCUCCGGGCCCAAUCAGUUCACUUGCGCCACCUCCACCAACUCUCGGUGGUCGUCCAGGUCCUAGUCCAAGUCCUUUUAUUUCGCCACCAAUUAGUACUCCCCCUGUCUUACCCCCUACAAGUGCAUCCGGUAAUUUGAUGAGUAAUGGGCCACCUGUAUUUUCUGCUGGGCCCAUGCCAGGUCCCCAACGCUUUCCGGUUAGCAGUGUUCCACAACAUUCAGUUGGACCUCCACCAACAAUGAGAGCUCCUCCCGGCCCUCCUGUUCAGCCCCAGCCCCCAUAUCCCAAUGUAACUCAAGGAAUAAUGCAGCCUCCAAGUUCACCUUUUGGAGCACCUACUUGGCAGAUGCAAUCUCAGCAGGUAGCACCACCUCCUCCAGUUCCUGGUCCUUCACAGGGUCCUCGGAUGUUUGGCAUGCAACCACCACUGCCAAAUCAAUCUAUGACUACUACCAUAUCACCUGCUGUUGGUCAAACUGGAGCCCCCAUGGCAGGGCCUUCCAAAAUUGAUCCCAAUCAAAUUCCAAGACCUACUCCAGGUUCCUCAGUGAUCUUGCAUGACACUCGUCAAGGCAACCAGGCAACUAUUCCUCCGCCUGCUACAAGUGAUUUCAUUGUAAGAGAUACAGGGAAUUGCAGUCCACGUUACAUGAAGAGCACAAUAAAUCAGAUUCCUUUCACUGCUGAUCUUUUGACAACAUCAGGAAUGCAGUUGGCUAUGUUAGUCCAACCUUUGGCCCUUCCACACCCAUCUGAGGAGCCCAUUCAAGUUGUUGAUUUUGGGGAGAGUGGUCCUGUCCGUUGCUCUCGUUGCAAGGCUUACAUAAAUCCCUUCAUGAAAUUCAUUGAUCAGGGAAGACGUUUCAUCUGCAACUUGUGUGGAUUUAGUGAUGAAACUCCACGGGACUACCACUGCAAUUUAGGUCCAGAUGGUCGGCGUAGAGAUGCUGAUGAAAGACCUGAGCUGUGUAGAGGAACGGUUGAGUUUGUUGCUACAAAAGAAUUCAUGGUCCGUGAUCCAAUGCCUGCUGUAUACUUCUUUCUCAUUGAUGUAUCCAUGAAUGCUGUUCAAACUGGUGCAACAGCUGCAGCUUGCAGUGCCAUAACUCGAGUUAUUAAAGACAAAGACCUUCCUGAGGGUCCUCGCACAUUGGUGGGAGUUGCAACUUUUGAUUCAACAAUUCAUUUCUACAACUUGAAACGUGCAUUGCAGCAGCCACUGAUGCUCAUUGUUCCUGAUGUCCAAGAUGUUUAUACUCCCUUGCAAACUGACGUAAUUGUUCCACUAUCUGAGUGCCGUCAACACUUAGAAUUACUUCUGGAAAGCAUUCCUACCAUGUUCCAAAAUAAUAGAACCUCUGAAUCAGCAUUUGGUGCAGCUAUCAAGGCGGCUUUCCUUGCAAUGAAGGACACUGGAGGAAAGCUGUUGGUUUUCCAGUCAGUCUUGCCAUCUAUAGGCAUUGGUGCACUUUCUGCACGAGAGGCUGAAGGUAGAACAAAUAUCUCUGCAGGUGAAAAGGAAGCCCAUAAGUUACUUCAACCAGCAGACAAAGCGUUCAAGGAACUGGCAGUUGAAUUUGCUGAGUAUCAGGUUUGUGUUGAUGUGUUUGUGACUACUCAGACUUAUGUAGACAUCGCUUCCAUAUCUGCUAUCCCACGGACUACUGGUGGACAGGUCUAUUACUAUUACCCCUUCUCAGCUCUUUCUGAUACUGCAAAACUUUACAAUGAUCUUAGAUGGAACAUCACUAGGCCACAAGGUUUUGAGGCUGUAAUGCGUGUGAGGUGCAGUCAGGGUAUCCAAGUGCAGGAAUACUAUGGCAACUUCUGUAAACGCAUCCCAACUGAUGUUGACCUACCCGGGAUUGACUGUGACAAAACUUUCAUGGUAACUUUGAAACAUGAUGAUAAGUUACAGGAUGGAUCAGAAUGUGCUAUUCAGUGUGCCCUUCUUUACACAACUGUGUAUGGCCAAAGAAGAAUACGUGUCAUAACCUUGUCUCUGCCCGUCACUAGUAUGCUCAGUAAUCUGUUCCGUGCAGCUGACUUGGAUACUCAAUUUUGCUGUUUCUUGAAGCAAGCUGCUAGUGAGAUUCCGUCAAAGCCACUCCCACUUGUUCGGGAACAAGUGACAAACCUUUGCAUCAAUGCACUAUUUUCAUACCGUAAAUUUUGUGCUACUGUAUCCUCAUCUGGACAACUUAUUCUUCCGGAGGCAUUAAAGCUUUUGCCCCUGUACACACUUGCAUUAACUAAGAGUACAGGGUUGCGAACAGAAGGAAAGAUAGAUGAACGGUCAUUUUGGAUAAACUAUGUAUCCUCUAUCUCUGCUCCAUUAGCAAUACCACUUGUGUAUCCUAGGAUGAUGGCUAUCCAUGAUCUUGACUCAAAGGAAGAUGAUGACUCUGUUAUUCCUCCCUUUCUUCCUCUUUCUAGUGAACACAUCAGUGAUGAUGGAAUAUAUCUUCUUGAGAAUGGUCAUGAUUGUUUGAUAUAUGUUGGAGACUCUGUGAAUCCAGACAUCGUGCAGAAACUGUUUGGUGUUGCUACAGUUGACAAAGUCCCUACCCUGUUUGUAUUGCAGCAGUACGACAAUCCACUAUCAAAGAAGUUAAAUGAAGUGGUAAAUGAGAUACGGCGGCAAAGAUGUUCCUACUUCCGGUUCAAGCUCUGCAGGAAAGGAGAUCCAUCAGGAAUGCUAUUCUUCUCGUAUAUGAUAGAAGACAAGAGCGCAGGUGGCUUCUCCUAUGUAGAGUUUCUUAUCCAUGUUCAUAGGCAAAUUCAAAAUAAAAUGUCAUCAUAACGAGUAUAUGGCAGCUUCAUUUUUGCAAGCUUUUAGACCUAAAUGAUAGAGCAAGCCCCAAGUAUAGGUGAGAUUCUGCAUAUUUAUGUGCAUUCAAUUGCCUUGAGUUUGACAGAGGAAUACCAGAAGACACAAGUUUUGUUGAUGUACAUGUAUAAGUUAAUUAAUGUUGGUGAUAGUUGGAUUUUUCUGAGGAAGUUUUUACUUUUUUUUGGGUUUUAUAGUUACCUGACAAAUCAAAUUUUAUUGGCAAUUGUGUUUUCAUGCGGGAUAUUAACAAUGUGUCUCAUUUAUAUUUUAAUAAAUAGAGAGAGGACAAAGAUAAGUACUCCCUCCAUUCCAAAAC